GGGAUUGGGUGAGGGGGAGUAGGGUGGUGUCCGCACGCUGCUCUGCAGGUUGGCUCCGGGGAGCCGCGGCUGCCGCGGCGGCGGCCAUGGCAUCCUGAGGCGGAAUGCGGCUCACGCGGAAGCGCUUGGCCUCGGCGCUCGUGGCCGCAUACUGCCUCUUCUCGCUCUAUGCCGCCUACAGCGUCUUCUUCGGCAAUCGCCGAAGCCGCCGAGGCGCCGCAGGCUCCCCGCGAGGCCCUAAGGACGGAACGGCCAUAGGAAAGGGACGGCGCGGCAGCCGCGGAGAACUCUCUUCUUUGACAAAUGAAGAAUGGAAUCCCUGGGAACCAGAUGAUCAAAUUAAGCAGUUUGAUUUACAACACAGAUAUGAAACUAUUCCUCAGCUGUUUAAAAAAAAGCCACCUGAGAUAGAAAAUAUAGACCUCAAGGUACAGAUCUGGGGAAAGGCUGCCAUUGGUCUUUAUCUGUGGCAGCAUAUUUUUGAAGGUCUACUUGAACCUGCUGAUGUUACUGCUCAGUGGAGAGAAGGAAACUUAAGAGCAGGAAGAACAUAUUUCCGUUUCAUCACUGGUCCAACCCUACUCCCAGGAUACUUUUCAGUUGUGGAUAACGUGGUGCUUGUUCUAAAUGGAAGAGAAGAUACAAAGAUCUCUUUCGCCACACAGUGGUUACUCUAUACAAAAACCUUAGUAGAGGCUCGGAAACUCCAGCAUGUUGCUGUUGUCUUACUUGGAAAUGAACAAUGCAAUAACAAAUGGAUUUAUCCGUAUCUAAAAAAAAAUGGAGGCUUUGUGGAAUUACUUUUUGUCAUCUAUGAUAACCCCUGGAUAAAUGAAGAAGAUGUUUUCCAAUGGCCCUUAGGGGUAGCCACAUAUAGGAAUUUUCCUGUGGUGGAACCUAGCUGGUCGUUGUUGCAUGAUGAGAGACCGUUCUUGUGUAAUUUCUUAGGAACAAUUUAUAAAAAUUCAUCUAGAGAGACACUAAUGGACAUUUUGAAACACGAUAAAAACAAUAAGUUGUGCUGGAUUGCAACCAGAGAAGAGUGGAAGCCUGAAGAAACAGAUGAAAGUUUGAAGAACUAUCAAGAUGCUUUACUUCAAAGUGAUCUCACAUUGUGUCCUGUAGGAGUAAACACUGAAUGUUACCGUAUUUAUGAGGCUUGUUCCUAUGGCUCUAUUCCUGUUGUAGAAGAUGUAAUGACACCAGGAAGUUGUGGGAAUGCAUCCACCUCUCCUAGAACUCCACUGCAGCUUCUUAAGGCAAUGGGAGCCCCCUUCAUCUUCAUUAAAGACUGGAAACAACUUCCUGCUAUUUUAGAAAAAGAGAAAAAUAUGAGCUUACAGGAAAAGGUUGAAAGGAGAAAAACACUACUUGCGUGGUAUCAGCACUUCAAAGCACAACUCAAACUGAAAUUCAUUAAAAUUUUAGAACGCUCCUUUUUGAUGAGUGAUAAAAAAGUUUAGUUGUUAAUUUGAACUCAGAGUUCAAAGAUGAUUGAAAAUGUACUUUUCAAAACUUUUAGUGUAUUAUGUGUUUUUAAGAAAAAAUGUGUUUUAUGAUUACAGUUAUUAGACUAUUGAGCAUUGGAAUACUGAACUUCUCUGUGUGUAGCUCAGUCAUCAUGCCUUCAAACAAGAAGUAGAAUUAAAUAUUUUCUUCAGAAUGCUAACCCAUCUCACCUUUUUUGCCCACUUUAUAAAAUUCUAAGGCAUUAUCCUUGGGCUUACCCUGAUAGGGUUUUUGGUAGAUACAUAUAUGUAAGACACAUAUUCAUGCACACACACACAGACGAAAAAAUAUAUAUAUUCACAAGACACAUUUAUGUAUAUGUAUAUAUAUAUAUAAAUAUAAAGAGUGUAUAUUAAUUCAUAUAGUUCACUUUUCCUGUGUUGAGACAGAAAAAAGAAUUAAUUUUUUUCUUAAAAAUUUUAACUUCUCACCCUAUUUGCUCAUUUACUAAAAUUCUGUAGUUCUUAUCCUUAAGACUACUCUUUUUGUCCUUUUGAAUAGAUGUAUAAAUGUAUAUUGAUUUAUGUACCUCCAUCUUCCUGUCCUUAAACAGGGAGUGGAAUUAAAAUUUUUCUAAACUCUUAUCAUAUUAUAUGCCCAUUUUCUAAAAUCCUAUGGUUCUUAUACAAAGGCUACCCUGUAUGGUACAAGUAAAGACCUGUAUGCCUUUUUGUGCAGAUCAAA